AUGAAGUUCCUGGCACUGUGCAUUUUCCUGAUCUUCGCCCUGGUGGCCGUCCAGGCAGCUCCUCGCAAUUUCGGCCAAGGCGGUAGAGGAGGCUUUGGUGGCAACCCCGGAGGCGGUGGUGGAAAAGCCGAGGCCAACGCCAAUGCCAGUGCCGUUGCCACCAGCCAAGGAAGAGGACCAUCAUCUGCCACUGCCAAUGCCUCUGCCUCUGCAUCGGCCCAGAGCGGUGGACGCCACCGUUAAAAUAUAUCCUGAGGAGAAGAUCCCCCCAACUGGACACUGGACAACGUGAGGAAGCCACAAUGAAAAGUGGAUACGUCACCUGACGGGCCUCCUUUUUGGACUUGUGAAGCGUUGAUUGGAAAAUAUUAAAAUAAACUCUUUGUUUUCUUUGGAAA